AUGGCCUCAGAGCUACCAGCCCUCGCUCUGCCUUCAACUCUGUCUCCAGACGACCUCGACUCUCUGUCCGAGCUGUCCAUCGUCCUGGCAAAAGUACGCGCUGGGCUCAAAGCCUCUGCUCCUACCGGUGCUACGACAGAAGCGACUCCUGGAGGACCAAGCAGCGGCGGCCAGCAGCUGUCUUUCAAGGACGUGCCUGGUGCUACUGAUAAGCUCAAGCACAAGUUGCAGCAUGCCAGAGCACAGGUCCGCGCGUUGCCAGACAUGGAUCGCUCCAUCGACGAGCAAAAGGCGGAAAUCAAAGAACUCGAAACGCGAAUUGAGAUGCAACGCGCCUUACUAGAAAAACUUCGUGAGAACGGAAUGCAAUUCAGCAAAGACGCAUACGCGGGCGGAGAUAAGAUGGAGCUAUGA